AUGUUCGUGUUUUUUUUCUAUGCUGCAACAUUAAUAUCAUACGUAACCCCAGAGAGCUGUUAUUACCAGCGUUGUUUGGGCUGUUACCCACAAGAAACUGAAUGGCCCGGUUCACCUGUUGAGUGCCAUCCUUCAAACUGGGUGUCAGCACAAUGGGUUCACAAUAUUGGUCAUCCUCCACCAACAACAGAUUCGAGAAUUCCUAUAGAAUAUCGCUGCCUGAAAAUGGUCGCUACACCGGAUAAUAAAUCUCUUGGCAACACAGUGGAUGUUAUCCGAGGUUGUGUGCCACGAGCACAAGUAGACUCGGUCUGCCUCGGUUUAUUGGCAGUAGAGCGUGCCAGAGGCCACAGCAACGCGCGCUGCACCACUUGCAACAGGAACAAUUUAACCCCAGAGAGCUGUUAUUACCAGCGUUGUUUGGGCUGUUACCCACAAGAAACUGAAUGGCCCGGUUCACCUGUUGAGUGCCAUCCUUCAAACUGGGUGUCAGCACAAUGGGUUCACAAUAUUGGUCAUCCUCCACCAACAACAGAUUCGAGAAUUCCUAUAGAAUAUCGCUGCCUGAAAAUGGUCGCUACACCGGAUAAUAAAUCUCUUGGCAACACAGUGGAUGUUAUCCGAGGUUGUGUGCCACGAGCACAAGUAGACUCGGUCUGCCUCGGUUUAUUGGCAGUAGAGCGUGCCAGAGGCCACAGCAACGCGCGCUGCACCACUUGCAACAGGAACAAUUGUAACGCGGCCGUGCGUACAGAUGUCGUGAUAACAACGCCUAUCGCAAUUCUCAUACUCUAUUACGUGUUGAGGUGA